GUGUGUGUGGCAACAAAAACUCUCGUGAAGCAUAACACAGGCCAGGUUGCUUUGACUGAAACAAAGCGACGCUUUUAAUGUUCCCCGGGCUGUCCAGACUGACCACUAUUGAAGCUAAUUGCGCAUUCUUCAGCUAACUAUAAGGAUAGGGAGAAGCUACUGAGGGAAAACAACUCGUAACGGAGGUAACGACGUGCGGUUUGUGUGCAAACAUGGGGAGCAUCCGGGUGGAGGAGGACGUGUCGACUUUGUAAAAGGUGGACAAUUGUGAUAUCUUUUCAUACCCCAGAUACUUCAUUUGAGGCUACAACCGCAGAUGUUAAACCCAAUAGUGAACCACAUGGUGGAAACUGUAAAGCAGCAACAUGCUUCUUUGUCAUGGGCUGACUGCUCUGGCCACGGAGGACAUGUUUUAAACUAGAAGAGCGAGACCACCAUCACACAGCCAUGGGCAUUUGUUCAUCUGCUUCCAAGAUGUUGCGCAGGGUGAAGUACAUUUUCCUGCUGCUUCUCUCCCUGUCUGUGCUGGCAUGGUUUUCCAUGUUCUCAGGUGGCAGCGUAAAAUCAACACUGCUCCCCUCAGCAGCAACGCAACCUCUCAUUAAAGUAGAGGGCACGCAGGUCAUGACAAACUUGGGGACGUCAGCAGCCGUUCGUGUAAUUACCUCAACGGCAAUAGAAGAAUGUCCUAAGAAGUCGCCGCUGCUACAAGGUGCAGUGAAGCUGAACUUUGAGCCCUCCCUGAAACUGAAAGAGGUGGAGGGCGAGAACAAGCGGGUGACUGAAGGCCAGUAUCAGCCUUCCUCCUGCACAGCCAGACAGAGCGUGGCCAUCCUCAUUCCCCAUCGCAACCGAGAGCGACAUCUCCUCUACCUGCUGCACCACCUGCACCCCUUCUUACAGAGGCAGCAACUCCACUAUGCUGUUUAUGUUGUACAGCAGGCCGGUGAUGCCACUUUUAACCGUGCCAAAUUACUGAACGUGGGUUACUUAGAGGCACUUAAAGAGUACAGUUGGGACUGUUUCAUUUUCCAUGAUGUGGACCUGGUUCCUGAAAAUGAUCACAAUCUCUACAUUUGUGAUUCGCAACCCAAACACCUGGUGGUUGGCCGGAAUGCCACCGGAUACAAGCUGCAUUACAAAGGCUACUUCGGAGGAGUCACGGCAAUGAGCAGAGAGCAGUUCCGUAAAGUGAAUGGAUUUGCAAACACCUACUGGGGUUGGGGUGGAGAAGAUGAUGACCUUCGCAUCAGGGUGGAGCUGCAGAAAAUGAAGAUUGUGCGACCACCUGCUGACAUUGCACGCUACACAAUGGUGUUUCACAAACGGGACCACGGCAAUGAAGUCAACGAGGACAGGAUGAAACUGUUAAGACGAACCGCACUAGUUUGGAAAAAGGAUGGGUUGAACAGCUGCAAAUAUCAGACGCUGUCAGUGGAGAGGCUGCCGCUCUAUGUCAAUGUCACCGUAGACAUUGGGAAGCCGAAGAGCUGACACUUCAAAUAAGCUCUGCUCACUGUUAUGGCAUUUUAGAGAGGGGUGAAAAAAGUAAUACCUGCUAUUGUGAGUUAGACAUCAUACAGUAUAACGCAGGCAAGUGCAGUACACAUAUGAAGAAGCAGACGUGAACGCUCAAAUGUGGUUAAAUAUGCAAUAAUUUCACUUCAUGAUCUCAGUGAUUUCUCUGUGGCAAGGAAACUGAUCAACAAAUGUUGUCUUAUGUGAUGCAAGUCUUGAGCGUUAUUGUUCAGCUCUACAUUUGUCCAACAACACUUGUCCAAGGGCCCUAUUUGUGCAGUCAAGGAUUGCCCAAAUGUUGUUUAUGCAUUCCUUUUAUUUAUCUCAAUUGUUACAGUACGUCUACUUUGUAGCCAUGCUGGAUUCAGGACUGUGUGAGUUUUGUUUAAGUACUGAAUGUGAAGCAUCACUUUUUUUUUUUUUUUUUUUUCCCCCCCCUCCCCUUCCCCCCUUCCAAACCUAGAUUGCACUUUUUGACAUUUCAUCUACAUGUUGUACUUUUAACGUACACAAUGCUCAACAUAUCCAUGAACAAAUGUCUGGCUGUACUCAAAUUAAUGUUUGAACUCAAAUUAAUGUUUGGACUCAAAAAGUGAAGUCGCAAGAAGUGAACACUGGUACAGUAUGGCAUGUUUUGAAAUACUUGCUGGCCAAAAGACAAAGCCUUGAUAUUAUUGCAAGACCGAAUAGAACAUAGAACAUGUUCAGUAAAAGUAGUCUCAAAAGUACUGCUGUUUUGUUUUGGGUUUUUUUUAAGAUUAAAUAUAAUAUAUAUCUUAAAUAGAAAUACUUUAUACACAGCUUCAAGAGUCUGUUUCAACACUACACAAUGUGCCCCUAUGCUAUUAUGUAUUUACAGUAUAUCAUACAGACUAUUAUUCUCGACUUGUUAUUCCAGAAACAUGUUUUGCAAUACAGGUGUUCUUGGAGUAUAUAAUAAAAAGUGAUCUUCAGAUGAAUUAUAUUAAUGUAUGUAUAUAUACAAUUGACACGGUUGAGCACAUUAUUUGCAACUGACAAUUUCCAAAAUGUGCAAAAAGACUGUCCUUGUAGGAUUUAGGUGAUGCAAUGAAUCUCUAGCUGUCCUCAAAUUAAGAUAAUCUUGGUUAUUACUUUUUUUUUUUAAUUAUUAAAAUAGUCAAUGAUAUUUAUUGGCUGCCUUUUCUUAGAGGUUUCUUUUGUCCUACCAAAUUCAUCAGCCUGAAAAUAUUGGAUUUUUUUGUAUUACGUUUUAUUUUCAAAUGGGCCUUAUAUUGUUGUUGUUGUUUUGCAGGAACAUGUGAUUGGUGGUGGAUCAUUAUUACCUUAACUGUCGAAAUGUGACCAAUGAGAAUAGCCUCUUAUUAUAUAAGUAGUAAACUGCCUGCUGGCUAGUAAUGGGACUUGAGACGCACGUAUCAAUUUCAUUAUAUCUUGAAAGGGAUGUGUGGCUUCUUGUGUAUUACAACUUGGUUGUUUUGUGUCUGUGUGACCAUCAAAUGUUUCUUCCAUUUAAAGGUUGAUUGCAAAGUACUUCAAUGACACUUUCAGAUGAUCUCAGACACUUUGCUAAUCCUGAAAGACCAAUGUUGCUACAGAUGUUUCACUUUGAAACUGUCCUUUUUAGAUUCAUUAUACAACGGAUUUCAUUAUUUGAGAAUGUCAUAAGUGGAUUUAAAAAAAAUAUAUAAAUAUAAGUGGCAUUAAGUUUGGGAAAAGACAUGACUGAUACAUUUCAUAGUGGGGGAAAUGUUGAAUUAUUAUUGUCAUGUUGUCACAUGAUCUAUUGUGCUGGUGUCUUUGAUGGUAAAUUCAGCCACAAGUCACGGGUAUUUGAACUAAUAAAACAAAUAGACAGCUUUUUAGCUUGAAACGAUCUACUCACUGAUUGCAAUGCAUGGAUCUGGCCACUGGGAGGCAGAAGUAACAAGGUUGCCAUUACUGUAAUUUAGGCAACAUUUUCAGUACAAUACUGUA